AUGGAGGAGAUGUACCUUCUAAAACAUCCGGGGGUUAAGAAGAAGAUUCUCGCCGGAGGCACCGGCCCACUGCCGCACUUCCCACCUGGGACCAAGCUGGUUUUCCAUUUUCAGACGCUGUUGGACAACUUUGAGCGCACGGUGGUGGAUGAUAGCCGACUGGCCGGCAGGCCGGCCGAGAUCUUUGUGGGGAAGAUGUUCAAGUUGGAAGUGUGGGAGACGCUGCUCACGUCCAUGCGUGUAGGGGAGGUGGCCGAGUUCUGGUGCGAUGCUGUUCACACAGGUUUGUACCCCAUUGUGUCAAAGGGAAUGCGGCUGAUUGCUCAAGGCAAAGAUCCCCUGGAGGGCCAGAGGCACAUGUGUGGAAUGGGGAACCUCUUCCACUAUCACUCCACUGGAUUCCCGGAGCUGGAUGAGCUUAUGAGAACACCGCAGCCUCUCAUCUUCAUCAUGGAACUGCUCCAGGUGGGGGACCCCAUGUCCUAUCACAGGGAGUCUUGGAUGAUGGAGAAGGAUGAGAAGCUAAGCACGGUGCCCCUCCUCCACGCGCGGGGCAAUGCGCUGGUCAAGCAACGGCAGUACAGGGAAGCGGCCAGCCAGUACAAGGAGGCAGUAUUGCUCCUUAAAACCGUCCAGUCCCGGGAGAUGCCAGGCGAUGUUGAUUACAUCAGCUUAGGCCGCAUGAUUGUCCCUCUGGAACUGAACUACUGCCAGUGCAUGCUGGAACUGCAGGAGUACUACGAGGUUAUCGAGCACGCCGACGAACUGCUAGACAAACACAAAGACUGCGUGAAGGGCUACUACAAGCGAGCAAAAGCGCACGCCGCCGUGUGGAACGAAAAAGAGGCGCGCCGGGAUUUCAACAUGGUGGUCCACCUGGACACCACGCUGGCGUCGUUGGUCCAGCGAGAGCUCAGGGCCUUGUCAGAGCGGAUAAAGGAGAAGUACUGGCAGGAAAAGGACGCCUACUGGAACAAGCUUGAUGCCAAGGGUGAAAAAGAGGAGAAGGUACUCGAGGAAGAAAAGGAGAAGGAAGUUGGCGAGGACGAAGGUGAUAAGACGGAGGGGAAGGACUGGCAGCAGAUGUUACGUCUAGUGAUGCUGCUUCAGGAGCAAGGAAACAUCCUGGUGAAAGAAAACAGGUUCCAGGAAGCUUCCAGCAAGUUCAAGGAGGCUUUAGAUUACGUGGACUUCCUUAAAAAUAAGGUGCACCAAGGCGAUGAAGACUGGGAAUCUUUGGAGAAGGUGCGCCUGCCACUCACGCUCAACCUGAGCCAGUGUUUGUUGGAGCUCCAACACUAUCAGCAAGUGGUACAGCUCAACGACAAGCUGCUGGAAAGCCAUGAAGGUCACUUCAAGGCGCUCUACCAGCGUGCCCGAGCGCACGCUGCCUUGUGCAACGAGGAAGAAGCUCGUCAGGACUGGGCCGCCGUGGAGAAGCUGGACCCUCAGUUUAAAUCCUUGGUCCGCCAGGAGCUAAAGAAGCUGGGCGAGAACCUCCGAAGCAGGCACGCACAUCAGAACAAAACCUACUGGGACGCCACGCGGGAAAAGUGGGGGUCCGGAAAGGAGGUUGCGGAUGAAAUCGACCGAAGCUGUAAAGAUCGAGUGGACGAAGAAGCUGAAUCUGAUAAUGAAAACACAGCGGGUAACGACAAGGUGAGCGUGGAUAAUGACAGUUCCUCCGCCGCAGUGAUAGCGUAG